CAUCUUCCAGCUGUUCAGGUGAAAGCUCCCUCUCUCUUUUGCAGUACCACUCAUGAGUUCCUGUUUGGAGCCCUUGCUGAGCUGGUGGAUAAUGCAAGAGACGCUGAGGCCACAAGAAUUGAUAUCUACACCGAGAAGAAGCCGGAGUUGCGGGGCGGGUACACGCUGUGUUUCCUUGAUGACGGGACUGGAAUGGACCCCAGCGAAGCAACCCAUGUGAUCCAGUUUGGAAAAUCCAGCAAAAGGUCCCCAGAGUCGACGCAGAUCGGGCAGUACGGCAACGGAUUGAAAUCGGGUUCAAUGCGAAUCGGGAAGGACUUCAUCCUUUUCACAAAGAAAGAGAACAAGAUGACCUGCCUGUUCUUGUCUCGUACGUUUCACGAGGAGGAGGCAAUUGAUGAGGUGAUUGUUCCACUCCCUACAUGGAGCUGCAAAACCAAGCAGCCAAUCACAGACAACCCUGAGAAAUUUGCAAUUGAAACAGAACUGAUAUACAAAUACUCCCCUUUUAAAUCGGAAGCACAGGUCAUGGAGCAGUUUAAUAAAAUCGAAGGGGACAGUGGGACGCUGGUUAUCAUCUAUAACCUCAAGCUGAUGGACAAUCACGAGACAGAGCUGGACAUCACUUCUGAUCCCCAGGACAUCCUGAUGGCUGGGACCCCUUUGGAGGGAGUGAAACCUGAGAGGCGAUCCUUCCGAGCCUAUGCUGCGGUUCUGUAUAUCGACCCCCGAAUGAGGAUCUUUAUCCAGGGCAUCAAAGUCAGGACCAAGCGACUCUCCAGCUGCCUUUACAAACCAAGGAUGUAUCGAUACACAUCAACACGUUUCAAAACCCGGGCAGAGCAGGAGGUGAAAAAAGCUGACCAUUUGGCAAAAGUUGCGGAAGAGAAGGCGAGAGAGGCAGAGAGCAAAGCUCGAGCGCUGGAGCUCAAACUGGGAGGAGAUCUUGCAAGGGAGGCCCGGGCGCUGCUGCGGAAGGCACAGGAUGCUGCUGUGAUGCUGCGCAGGGAGGCGGAUAUGAAGAAGCGAAUACAGGAGGCCAAGCAAAGAGCCCUGAAGGAGCCCAAAGAGCUGUGUUUUAUUUUUGGGGUUAACAUCGCCCAGCGAGAGCUAGAUGGGAUGUUUGUGCACAACUGCAGCCGGCUCAUCAAGAUGUACGAGAAGGUGGGGCCGCAGCUUGAGGGAGGAAUGGCGUGUGGAGGGGUGGUGGGUGUGGUUGACGUCCCUUAUCUGGUGCUGGAGCCCACGCACAACAAGCAGGACUUUGCUGACAACAAAGAGUACCGACACCUACUGAGGGCUAUGGGAGACCACCUGGCACAGUACUGGAAAGACAUCGGCAUCGCCCAGAAGGGGAUUGUUAAAUUCUGGGACGAGUUUGGUUACUUGUCGGCCAAUUGGAAUCAGCCUCCAUCCAGUGAAGUUCGCUACAAGCGGCGGAGAGCCAUGGAGAUCCCAAUCACCAUCCAGUGCGACAAGUGUUUGAAGUGGCGCACCCUCCCGUUCCAGAUACAGGCUGUUGACAAAGUGUACCCCGAUUCAUGGGUCUGCUCCAUGAAUCCGGAUGGCACACAGGACAGGUGUGAUGCUCUCGAGCAGAAGCCGAACCUUCCUGUCGGAACGCUGAAGAAAGAUACAAAAUCUACAGAGGACAAACAAAAACAGCUCACUGAGAAAAUUCGCCAGCAACAGGAGAAACUGGAAGCUAUGCAGAAAACUACAACGGUCCGAUCCAACGCAGACCUGAAAAACCUGCCGCUGGAGGACGGCACGAGACCGGCAGCGGAGACACAAGCUCCCCGAACCUCUGAAAAAUUACAGCGGCCUCGCUCUCCUCCACUGCCCACUAUGAUCAAAAAUGCUCCUAGCCGCCCCCCUCUGUCCAAACCACCUCCCCUGAGCAAGAAACCCACUCCAAUCCAGAUCCAAAAACCAGCUCCCACAUCCCAGGCCCGUCCAGCACUUGCCAAGAAAGAGGAGGUCAGCAAGGGACGUGCCAGUGCAGUAAAGGCAGCGCCACCCCCUCAUAAACCAGCACCACCCACCCCCAGGACUGCAGUGGCCAAACCCCCUACCCGCCCCACCACUCCGAGGGGCCCACCAGCCCGCACUGCACAGAGUACAGUGAAACAGGCAGCAGCAUCUGGCAGCAAACGCAAGAGGACUGAUCUUGAAGCAGAGAGCAGCGAUGAGGAGGAUGAAGAAGAAGAUGAUGAGGAGGAGGGGGAGGAGGAAGAGGAGCCACAGCCCAAGAAAACGAAACUGGCUGCAGCUACUCCACAGCGAGGGAAAGCAGCCGUGUCGAAGCCGGAGCAGAAGCGCGGGCGUGUGACAGAGCUGAGAGCCCAGACUGCAGACGGCAGCGUCGUGGUGGAGAGUGCACAGAAGCAGAUGGCCAGUGCUCAGCGGAGAAACCUUCCUCCUGCAGAAAGCAGUGAGGAGGAAAAGGAGGUGGUGAACACCAAAAAUUACAAAAUGGUGGCUGCAACUGCGCCCCAAGUAGCGAAAGCUGUUGUGUCCAAACCUGAGCCUAAGCUUGCUGCAGUCCUGGAGUCAAGUGUUUGGAAAGCAGAAAGCAGCACGGUGGUGGAGAUCACAGACAGCCCUGACGAGGAGGAAGAGGAAGUGUUGGAUCUGAAGAGAGCUCAGAAAGACAAAGGGCUCUUGGUGGAGGUGAAGGUGAAUAAAGAGUGGUUCACAGGCCGUGUCACUGCAGUGGAGGCUGGGAAGCAGGGCAUGCGAUGGAAGGUGAAGUUUGAUUAUGUCCCGACCACUACAACCCCACGUGACAGAUGGGUGCUGAAGAACAGUGAGGAUGUACGUUUGAUGAGACCCCCCUCCCCUGAAUCACAGACCCCUGACACUCUUCAAGGGGGCGAGGAGGAGGAAGAGGAGGGUGCAGCUGCCAGGAGAAUGGAGCCUGACACCACCCAGCCAGCUGCCAGCAGGGAGACCACAGAGAGCCUUGUUACCAUGAUGAGGACGUUUCUAAGAUAUUUCUUUCCCCCAAAUUUCCGGAUCCCGAAGGAGGAUGUCAACAGCAUGUCAGCAGAGGAACUGGUGGCUUUUCCAAUGAAAGAGUAUUUCCAGCAAUAUGAGGUGGGGCUGCAGAGCCUGUGUAACUCAUACCAGACGAGAGCGGAUGCACGGACACGAGUAGUGGAGGAGAAGAGUAACAGCGCUGAGGCAAGGCUCCGUGAAGCUGAGGAGAAGCUGCAGAAACUAAGAACCAACAUAGUGGCUCUGCUGCAGAAGGUUCAAGAGGAUAUUGAUAUCAACACAGAUGAUGAGUUAGAUGCCUACAUUGAAGACCUGCUCACCAAAGGGGAUUAACCCAGUUGUCUUCGGGCUUACUGAUAUCCUACAGCAGCUGACACACAACACAACAAACCCAAAAUGGUUCUCAUUUGAACCACUUUUACUACCUAACAGACCAUACUGUGUCUUCCUAAUGGUUCUGUGAUUCCAGGGAUUAUUUGUUAACAGCACUGGAGGGUUUUCCUGCUCAUUAAAGUGAAGGGGGGUGACUGCCCUGAAAUAUGGAGAAAGGGUAACGGCGCCUGCGCACUACUCUCUUUUGUUUUGCCCCCCUAGGAUUUCUGUACAUUCUGGUCAAUUGCAUAAUGAUUACCCCCUUUACAAAGGCCAGCACAACCUGGUAGACUGAAGGAUUAGGAGGAUUUUUUUUUUGUUCUUUUCAAUUUACCUGGAGUCAAGAUCUGUAUGAAACUUGAACAUCAGGGAUUACUUCUCCUUAAUAUUCCCUCGGUGUAAACUAGGGUAAAAUAUAAUUGUAUUUAACAGAUAUUUUUAACGGACAAAGUAUACAUUUAACAACAUGAUGGAAGGUGUGGUGCUACCUUGGACCAGUGGUUUGAACAGGAGAAUCUCUGAACAGUUUGAAGCAGUAUGUCCUUCACCCCCCAAGAGUAGGUAAGGGUGUGAUUAAGAGGUUACAAAGACCUAGAAUGCCAACAAACCUGGAGGAAUGUACAGAAAUGCAUGACAACAGUGGGACCGCAAGACCUUUUUCUAACCCUGUUUCAGUUUUGGGUUAAAUAUGGGCCUGCCUGUAUUUCAUUAACCCUCCUAGACCCUCCUCUGUUUAAUUUUAACUUUCACAAAGGUGAUGGAGCAUGCAUGAUGCACACUUCUGCUUGGACCUCCAUGUAAUGUGCAGAACUGAACUUGUUGGAGGACUUCUUUACAAUUGCAGUAAAUAACAUGACAAGGGUCCUACCCAUCUUCAGAAGAACUGUUCGAUUACUUCACCAGUAAUUUUACUUAUGUUGGUUUUUUGUUUUAGAAGUAUGCAGAUUUCAGAGAAUGUAAGAAAAUAUUUUUGGUGGACUGUUUAUUUUCCAAUUUUUAUGGGAUUUCUUUGUUCUGUAAUUGCAAACUGUCCUACGGACAGUUAUUUUAAAACUGAGAAAAAAGGGUUAAUGAUUUGUUUCAGUAAAUUGUCUGGUUUGUUUGUUUUGAGAGACCAGGCGUUGUGUAUUUGUUUUUUUUUGUUUUUUUUUUGUCUCUUCAGAAAACCCAGCUGCACUCACCCACAAUGACUGUUAACCCACCUCCCUCCUUGACCAGUACAUGCUUUAAUAGAAUGGGGGCAUACAUGCUCAAACUUGAUCUUAGUCUUGUUCAGAAAAGCUGUACAGUGCUAGUUUGACACCACAAACAAAUAACAAACUUGCAAUCAACGAUGAUACAAUUCAAAGACAACAUAGGAAAAUAACUGGUGUAUUAUUGCCAAUUUAACCAGUUUAAUAUGUCAUGUUUACUGAGUCCUUUUUAAAUAUUAAGUAUUAUUUCAUCAGAGAUGUGUUGUAAUAUUGAAAGCGCCUGCUUUGAAGACAGUUACGGG